AUGGACAGUGAAGCUGCCCAGCAGUGCAUGGUGCAACAGAAAGGAGUCAGAAGAGCUGUGUUGAGCUGUGACUUUGGAUCUGGCUGUUUGAUUGCUGUCUGUGGCAUUGUGGGCCUUGAGAGCGCUCCAGUGCUGGUUGCUCUAGCAUUAAUUGAAGGUGGAGUGAAAUAUGAAGAUGUAGCACCAUCUCUAAGACAAAAGCAGUGUGGGGCUUUGAACAAAGCAUCAUCUGAAAAUGCAGCUGUGCUUCAAAGACUCCAGUGGGGUCUUUUCCUCACCUGCAAUGGGAGAUUUCAGAGACAACUGUCUGAACCCUGCCAUCCCUUCCCUCCGCAGUCGGGAGUUCCUGGAGAUAAUCGCCCCAGUUACCACCGACAAAUGUCAGAACCUAUUGUCCCUGCAGCUCCCCCACCCCCUCAGGGAUUCAAACAAGAAUACCAUGACCCACUCUAUGAACAUGGGGUCUCUAGAAUGCCAGGUCCCCCAGCACAUGGGUUCCAGUCACCAAUGGGAAUCAAGCAGGAGUCCCGGGAUUACUGCGUUGAUUCAGAAGUGCCUAACUGCCAGUCAUCCUACAUGAGAGGGGGAUAUUUCUCCAGCAGCCAUGAAAGUUUUUCAUAUGAAAAAGAUCCCCGGUUAUAUUUUGAUGACACUUGCGUUGUCCCUGAGAGACUGGAAGGCAAAGUCAAGCAAGAGCCCACCAUGUAUCGGGAGGGCCCUCUUUAUCAGAGGCGAGGCUCCCUUCAACUGUGGCAGUUUCUGGUCACUCUUCUUGAUGACUCAGCCAAUGCUCACUUCAUCGCCUGGACAGGCCGAGGCAUGGAGUUUAAGCUGAUAGAACCAGAGGAGGUUGCUCGGCUUUGGGGCAUCCAGAAGAACCGGCCUUCCAUGAACUAUGACAAGCUGAGCCAUUCUCUACACUACUACUAUGAAAAGGGCAUCAUGCAGAAGGUCGCUGGGGAAAGAUAUGUCAACAAAUUUGUCUGUGACCCGGAUGCCCUUUUGUCCAUGGCCUUCCCAGACAAUCAGCGUCCAUUCCUGAAGGCAGAGUCUGAAUGCCCCCUCAAUGAGGAGGACACCCUGCCACUGACCCACUUUGAAGACAACCCUGCUUACCUCCUGGACAUGGAUCGCUGCAGCAGCCUCCCCUAUGCUGAAGGCUUCGCUUACCAAGUUUCUGAGUGGCUGAGCAGCCAAACCCUAGAGCUAGCAGUUCCCGUUCAGGCAGAUGAGGGCAGUGGUUUUGUUUGUGUUCUUGGCUGUUCUAAAGCUUGCCAUUUGAAUACUUUCCGGAGAGCCCAAGCCAUCUCUGGAUUUUUACCCUGAAAGGCAUAUACCUUGGCUGGGGAGUGGGAACAGGCAGGGGCAGAAAAACCACCAAAAGGUUGGUGCCUCGACUCUGAUUCUGAUGAGGUUUCUGGGAAGAGGAUGUGGGAAUGGAGCCUCCUCACUACCAUGGACAAUAUAUGCAAAGCAAUACCUUGUUCAGGUUAGUACCCUCAAAAUGGGACCGAGUGUGUGACAAUCUGCGUUGAUCAUGGACUACUAAAUGCCUUUACAUAGAAGGGCUCUGGUUUGCACAAUUUAUUAAAGAAAUCAAAAGCUCAUAUAAAAGUAGGUAGACUGAGUUGGGGAGGCUCGGACCAAUUAAAGGUUAAAAAUAUGUGUUGAAAUUUGGAGAGUUCUUCUAGCUCAAUCUGAAAUACUUCCCCUUGGUUUAGAAAAAGGGGAGAAUGAGUCCUGACAGCUGUUACCCACUCCAUGGUUCUCAAAUCAUAAACCAUUGCUACCCUUGGGAACCUUCCAGCCAUGUGGUCACCAAAUAGAGCAGGCCCCCUCUCUCUUCCGAGUCACAUGGUUGAAUGUGGAUGGCUUUCA